UUCAAGUCCGUCGUCUUUUCUUUUUUUUUUCCUGUCUAAUUCCUCCACUCUUCUAUUUUUUUUUUUCCUCUUAUCAUUUUCCCUUUUUCCCUUUCUCUUUUUCCAUUUUUUUAAUACAACGAUAUUAAUACAUUUAUUUUGGAUAUGUAUUCCAAAAAUCAUUUAACUGUGGUGAGUAAACAAUUGGAACCUUUGGUAUUCAGAUCGUCUUUAUCAAGUCGAACGGUUCUUCCUGCCAUCAUACGACCUUAUCAACAGCCUUCAUUUUCUUCUUCUACUUUUUCCACCUCAUCCGAAACAUAUACGUCAAACAAACGACAAGUACAUACAGCAUCAUUAGUUGAAGAGUAUGAAUCACCAAGAACAUCUCAAUUCCAUUUUUCUCAAAGACAUUUACAACCUUUACCUAUCUAUGACUUUUUUGCAGCUAAUGAAAAGAUCAAGAAACCUGAUUAUAUCUUUGCUCAUGGUGCUUCUGGUUUUGCCAAACGACGACAACAAAAGAAACGACGGCCAUAUCAUCCUCCGCAGCAACAUUUUUACAGUGAACAAAUGGGGGAAGAUGCUUUCUUUACACGAUGUGAUUCCUUUGGUAUUAGUGAUGGUGUAGGUGGUUGGUCUAGUUCUCAAGCUGCCGAUCCUGCCUUAUUUGCACGACAAUUGAUGCACCACGCUUAUUUGGAAUUGGAACGUUAUGACAACGUGGAUGACCCUUGUUUUUAUCACUAUGAUGAUGUGGAUCCUGUUCAAAUUUUACAAAAGAGUUAUGAAGCCAGUUUAUUAGAAGCAGAAAAAGAGGGCAUUGUUGGAUCAUGUACAGCUUGUCUUGCCAUUUUACGACAUGACGAAUUAAGGAUCGCAAAUCUUGGUGAUUGUGGUAUAUCAGUGAUAAGACAUAACAAUUAUAUAUUUCGAAGUGAAGAACAACAACAUUCAUUCAAUUUUCCUUAUCAACUUGGUACUGGCUCGCCGGAUCAACCCAAGGAUGCUCAGGUGUUUAAUGUAAAGGUGGAAAAAAACGACAUCAUCAUUAUGGGUAGUGAUGGACUUUAUGAUAAUCUCUUUGAUAAGGAAAUCUUAUCAAUUAUUGAAGCGCAAGUGGCACCUUAUAUUUUACCUGGUAUGAACAAAACUUUACAAUUUGAACCUCAACGUUUGUCUGACGCUCUUGCCAAUCGAGCCAAGGUAGUCAGUGACAACCGACGAAAUAUCGAUAGUCCAUUCCAAACAAGGGCAAUCCAUGAAGGGUUUUACUACCAGGGUGGAAAAGUGGAUGAUAUCAGUGUGGUUGUAGCUGUGGUACGAGAUAGUGAAGAUUCACCCGAUCGUCGAUUAUAGUAGUAAUAUAUUCGUUGUAGUAUAGCUUUAGUUGAUGAAUGUAGUGUAGACUCUU